AUGCAUGUUGAGAUACCGACACCCAACUUCCGGCUUCCUGUCGGCUACCGGAACCAAAAAUCCACCGCUUCAGCGUUGGUCAGGGGAAUACCGAUAAGUAGCGAAGGGACCAUCCAUUGGACGCCGGACUCAUGGCGGUCAAAGCACGCAGCUCAGGCUGUCGAGUACAGUGAUACCGAUGCUCUGCAAGACGUAUGUGCAUCACUCAAACAACUGCCACCUCUUGUCAGCCGCUUGGAGAUAGAGCAGGCUCGUGUGCGCUUCUACCAUGUUGCUCUGGGCCGUGGCUUCAUUAUCCAAGGCGGAGAUUGUGCAGAAAGUUUCCACGAUGUUCAACAUGAUAUAAUCCAUCGCAAAGUUGAGUUGCUCCAUCAACAGAGCCAGAUACUCGAGGAUGCAAUAGGGAAGCCUGUCAUACCACUUGGGCGAAUUGCAGGACAAUAUGCCAAGCCAAGGUCAAACCCUCUCGAGGUCCUUCCAAAUGGUGAAAAGGUGCACGCUUUCCGUGGUCACAUUAUAAACUCAGAGGGACUCGAGGACAGAAAGCCGGACCCAAAGAGACUCAUGCUUGGUUACUUCUAUGCUGCAGCCACACAGAACAGCAUCCGUCAUAUCACUGGGCUGGCGAAUUCGGUGCCCAGGAAGGCGUUCAACAAGUGUCAUCUUUACACGUCUCAUGAGGCACUUCAUCUCCCCUACGAAUCUGCCCUCACGCAUGAGUCUUACAAUCUGUCAGCAACAUCGAUCUGGCUGGGAGAGAGAACUCGCCAACUCGACGGCGCCCACGUUGAGUACGCUCGUGGACUACGAAACCCUAUUGGCGUCAAGAUUGGUCCGACAGCCACAGCAGCAGAUGUCAUUGCCCUGCUGGACACUCUAGCUCCCGAUACAGCACAGUAUGGCAAGGUCACCAUUAUCACUCGCAUGGGCUAUGGCAAGGUGAGACAGGUACUUCCCACCAUCAUCAGGGCAGUGCAGCUCAGCGGUCAUGUACCGAUCUGGAUGUGUGACCCAUGCCAUGGUAAUACAUUUACUACGUCAGAUGGGAUCAAGACUAGAAAGGUUGAAGACCUAUUGACUGAGCUUGAGGAGACAUAUGCUGCUCACCGGAGUCUUGGGAGUCACUUGGGAGGUAUCCAUCUGGAGCAAACAGGAGACGAUGUCACAGAAUGCAUAGGUGGCUCAUCUUGCGAGAACGAGGGAGGUUUGAAGGUUUGCUACCAGUCAUUGUGUGACCCUCGGUUGUCAAGCGAGCAGGCUCUGAUUUUAGUGAAACGCUUUGCCGAGUUUGUGAAGAACUCAGGUUGA